AGAUUCAACAGACUAUAUGAGAAGUCAAUUUGUUAGUCCCAAGUCCACGCCACAGUGUUUGUAAAAGUGAUAACUGUGAGAAUUUAUUUUAAUAGCGAUUAAUCAAAAAAUUUUCUUUAAAGAAAAAAUAAUUUUCCUUUUUCCCUCACAAUCAUGUUACCAAGAAGACGUGCCGUUGAUCUACUUCAAAUAAUAUCAUCACAAUCAUGUAAAUGUCCAGCACAUGGAAAUCCAGGCGGAAAUGGAAUAAUAAAUCAUGGAAAAACGCGUAGCACUGCUGCCACUACAGCUCCGACGAAAGAUUAUGCUUUCGAGAUGGCUUGUUCGACCGUUAGGUAUGGAAUUGGAGUAACUAGGGAAUUGGGUAUGGACGCUCAAAACUUAGGGGCGAAGAAAAUUUGCCUAAUGACAGAUUCAAAUUUAGUGAAUCUAUCGCCAGUAAAAAAGGCUCUUGACAGUUUGACAAAGCACGGAGUCAGCGUUGAAAUUUACGAUAAAGUUCGAGUUGAACCAACGGAAGCGAGUCUUCAAGAUGCAAUUAAAUUCGCUAAGAGUGGAAAAUUCGACGCUUACAUUGCUGUGGGAGGUGGUUCUGUUAUGGACACAUGCAAAGCUGCAAAUCUCUAUGCAUCGGAUCCAAAUGCUGAUUUUCUAGAUUACGUUAAUGCGCCAAUUGGAAAGGGUAAGCCAAUAUUAGUUGCAUUGAAACCGUUGAUUGCAGUGCCAACAACUUCCGGUACUGGCUCAGAAACAACUGGUGUUUCCAUUUUUGACUACAGACCACUGAAGGCAAAAACUGGUAUUGCCAAUAGAGCAUUGCGACCAACCUUAGGAAUAAUAGACCCAGAGCAUACAUUAACACUACCAGAAAAGGUUUGUGCCUAUUCUGGAUUCGAUGUACUUUGUCAUGCUCUUGAAUCCUUUACUGCCAUUCCAUACACCGAGAGAACACCUUGCCCAACGAAUCCAAUUUUAAGACCUGCCUAUCAAGGAAGCAAUCCUGUUAGUGAUGUUUGGGCAAGAUUUGCACUUCAAGUCAUGAGAAAAUACUUUGAACGAGCAGUUUACAAUUCUGAUGAUCUGGAAGCAAGAAGUAAUAUGCAUUUGGCUAGUACAAUGGCUGGUGUAGGUUUUGGAAAUGCUGGUGUUCAUUUAUGUCACGGUCUUUCCUAUCCCAUUAGUGGGAAUGUUCGUAAUUUUCAGCCAAAGGGCUACAGUGAUAAUCAUCCAAUUGUGCCGCAUGGACUUUCAGUUGUGAUUUCAGCACCAGCUGUAUUUUCCUUUACCGGAAAUGCAUGUCCAGAGAGACAUUUGGAAGCAGCACAACUGCUUGGCGCUGAUGUUAGUCAAGCAAAACGUGAGGACGCUGGUAAAAUUUUAGCCGACACUGUUAGGGAUUAUAUGAGAAUAAUGAAAGUUGAAAACGGAUUGGGAGAACUUGGCUUUAAGAAGGAGGACAUUCCAAAUCUUGUUCAAGGAACUUUGCCUCAGCAUCGCAUCACAAAACUAGCACCUCGAGAACAGAGUGAAGAGGAUCUUGCCCAACUUUUUGAAAAUUCGUUCCAAAUCUACUAAAAUAUUUUUCAAUUUUUAAAAAUAUUUUAAUAUAAAACUCAGAUAGCGCAUUUAUCAGACAAAAUGUAAAUAAAUCAUUUAUUUUUAUAGCCUUUCUUUAAACUUGUUACAAUUAAAAACUUUGUUGAAAUUGUUAUUAAAAGAAAAAAAUUUUUUUUCAAUAUCCUUUUAUUGUAAUAUUAAAUAUAUAUCUACAAAGUACAACAUAUUGUAAAUAGUGUUCGAAUGCCAAUUAUUGUCAAAUAACAAUAUUAAUAUAUAAAUAUAAAAUACAAAGUAAA